AUGUCUGCGCCAUCGGGAUCCGGCGAGGAUUCAGCCGAUCGUAAUGUGGAGGUUUGGAAGAUCAAACGGCUCAUCAAAAGUCUUGAAAUGGCUAGAGGAAAUGGGACGUCAAUGAUCUCGUUGAUAAUUCCUCCGCGUGAUCAAAUUGCACGUAUCUCGAAGAUGUUAGCAGAUGAGUACGGCACUGCGUCAAACAUCAAAUCGCGAGUGAAUCGUUUAUCUGUGCUCGGUGCAAUCACUUCAGUACAAGGAAGGCUCAAGCUCUACAAUAAAGUACCAACCAAUGGUCUGGUGAUUUAUUGCGGUACGAUCGUAACGGAUGAAGGCAAAGAGAAGAAAGUGAACAUCGAUUUUGAGCCAUUCAAACCAAUCAACACAUCACUUUAUUUAUGCGAUAACAAAUUCCAUACGGAGGCACUUCAA